AUGUUAAUUGCUCAGUUAAUUAACCUCAUAUUUCUCAUAGUUUCAGAGAACGGUGUCAAUGCCUUAGUACCGAGACCACGGAAGCACACUGAAGGAAAUGCGCUUUGUAGCAUAGCUGAAUCACUCACCAUUGAACAUAAUUAUCCAAAAUGUUUUAUUCUGAUUGACGCCCUGAAAGUGUUCAAUGAACGUCUCCUUAUGAGGCAGCAACAACGGUUGUAUAAUGAAAGCGAAACUCUUCAUAUCAAAAAAAUGACGAUUGUGAUUAAAGACGGUUGUGAUGAGUCGGAGAAUAAAUUGUGGCCGAGUGAAUACAUGGAUGAAUCACAUAAAAUCAGCAUACUCGAUGGGAAGAUUGACAUUGAAUGUAACGAAGUGUGGGGAGCAUUACACGCAUUGCAGAGUAUCAUACAACUGGUGCAUAGAGGUAAAUUGGGGUCUCUUGUGAUGUACGAACGCAUUAUCGAGGAUGCACCACUAUACAUUCACAGAGGGUUUCUCGUUGACACCGCCAAUCAUUAUAUCAGCGUUGAUGAGAUUUUGAAGUUUAUUGAUGCUAUGGCGGUUGUGAAGAUGAACAUGUUCCAUUGGCAUAUGACGGAUGACAGUUCAUUCCCCUAUGUGUCAUCCACAUAUCCGCAACUGUCCCUAAAGGGUGCCUAUCAUCCACGGAGGUUGGUUUACGAGAAUGCUGAUGUUAUUCGCGUGAUAGAGUAUGCCCGUCUACAUGGGAUACGUGUGAUGGUGGAAUUUGAUACGCCGAGUCACACAAAGUCUUGGGAGAAGAGUCAUCCAGAAAUACGAACAGACUGUAACAAUAAAGGUAAUUUAGGCCCAUUCAAUCCUGCAAAUGAGACGACAUUCGAAUUCCUGAAGGCGUUUUUCAAAGAAGUCACUUCAGUAUUUCCAGAACCAUUCAUCCAUCUGGGUGGUAGGGAGGUGUCAUUCGAUUGCUGGAAAUCGAAUACUGGAAUUUCGAAUUUCAUGAAGGAGAAACAAUUCGGUAACGACUACGGGAAACUGGAAUCGUAUUAUUUUGAUCGACUAAUUGAAGCUAUUCAAUCAGUUCAACCAGAAGGAUACGCGAUUACACCAGUUGUUUCGCAUGAAGUAUUUCAGAAUGGUUAUCGUCCGAAUAAGACCACUGUAAUGAACGUCUGGCAGUACAGAAAUUGGCCGAAUAUUGUCAAAUCUAUAACGUCAGCUGGUUAUCGAGUUAUAGUUUCGGCAUGUUGGCAAAUCUCUCCUUCAAAUCAGGCGACUCGAUGGUAUGAUUAUCAUAAAUGUGAUAUUGGAGCAUUCGGAGGCACCGAAGAAGAGCAGAAAUUAGUGAUUGGUGGAGAGGCCGUUAUAUAUAGACGAUGUGUGGACAGUUCAAAUCUCUUCACGAGCUCAUGGCUUGAGGGUGCAGUCAUAGCCGAUCGCCUAUGGUCACAUGAUCAAUCCACCAUUGAUGAACUGAAACCAAGAUUGGCUGAACUACGUUGUCAUAUGAGAGACUUAGGAUUCAAAGUGAAACCGAUAAAUGAACCGAAGAAUUGUCUACAACCAUGA